GGAAUGUACUUAUCGAUGCUUGGAAGGUUACACUUUUCCCAGCGGGACUUUGGAUAUUACCUACACCUGCGUGUUCCGAGAAGGAUGGACAUCGGUUGUAGAUAUACCCGAUUGUACACCCGUGUGUAAGCCGCCUUGUGAAAAUAACGGCGAAUGUAUCGAGCAGAAAUGUAUUUGUCCAGCCGAAUAUAGAGGAAAUGCUUGCGAAUACCCGAUAUCACUUUGCGAACCGAGCUUCCAAAACACUACGGGAAUUAUUCAAUGUAACCAUGACAGAAACGUCUCUCGUUGUACAUUUGUUUGUCCCCAGCAAACAGAACCGUGGGAUCUUCCAGAAAAACAAUACACUUGUGAUCUACGUGGAAAGUGGUCUAAUUCCUUUCCCGAUUGCAUUCCUUUUAACGGAUGGAUUGGAGAAAUAGUAGAAGAGGAAGCCUCUGUAUUUUCACUUUGGCCUAAAGGCAUAUUUCGGGAAGAAAAUUUUUAUUCGAGUGGCGUAUGCGCUACUUGGGGACAAUUUAAUUACAAGACGUUCGAUGGCUACAUCUACAGUUUUCACGGUCCUUGUACUUACGUUCUGGUGGAGGAAUGCAAAAGCAGCUCGUUUAGUAUUCAUUUAAAGAACGAUCCCCUAUGUCUGACGGAAAGCGAAUGCGUCAGGCUAAUUUCUGUCAUCAUCGAAAACAAGAAGUUCGAAGUUACUAAGAACGAAGGAAUUAUGAUGAUCAGAAGAGAAUACCAGAAUCUGACAAUUCCCGGCCGAGUAGAUAGCUUACAGUUUUACCAAUCCAACGAAUUUCUUGUUUUGGAAAGCUCUUUUGGAUUCAGAUUACGUUGGGAUGGAAAGGAAACCGUUUUAGUCACCGUGGAAUCUUUCUUGAGGAAUAAAACAUGCGGUUUGUGUGGUCAGUUUAUCGGUCGUUCCGGUAGAUAUAUGUUAAAAGCCAACGGGGAAGUUGAUAACGACGUGGUCGAAUUUGCCAACAGUUGGAAGGUUAUGUACGACGAAAAUGAGAAAUGCAACUCACUUCAAGUUGGACAACACGUAUGUAAGUACACGACGGAUACAGAUCGAAUACUUUUUAAGGAAUCUCGAGACACUUGCAAAAAGAUUUUUAAUCACCAAAUUUUUUCUACUUGCCAGAAGUUGGUACCCGUCGAACUGUUUGAAAGAGCCUGCCGAUUAGAAUUCUGCGCCUGCAAAAUCGAGAACGAGAAAUGCAUAUGCAGUACUCUGGCUGAAUAUCUAAGAGAAUGCGUACGUCACGGAGGACAAGUAUCCGGAGAUUGGAGAUCGAUUACAAAUUGCACCAUUGAAUGUCCCGAAGGGAUGAUACCGGCAAAAUGCGGUAGGGAAUGCCCAAAAACGUGUCAAGGAACUACUUAUUUGUGCAGCGAUCAAACUUGCGUUGAUUCGUGCAUUUGCCCGGAAGGAAAAGUUCUCGAUGCGAUCAAUAACAUAUGUGUCCUCCAAGAAGAAUGUCCCUGUAUUUUUGAAGAUGCAGAAUAUUCUCCCGGAGGAAGAAGAAUUCAGGAUUGCAAUGAAUGUGAUUGUAUAAAAGGAAAAUGGUUGUGCACCAACAGGCCUUGCGAGGCGCGAUGCGUUGUAUCGGGAAACAAACAUUACACCACGUUCGAUGGCCAGAGAUACGAG